AUGGCUUCCGCCACUGCAACCAAACUCAACCGCAAGGCCCUAAUAGGAUCAUCCACAAGCUUUUGGUCUCAUACUUCGCAGUCAGGAUUUGAUCUUACACACCCAUCUACUCACUCUUCGCCGAUCCCCGGACCUACUUAUACAAUCCAAACAUCAGCUCAGCCCAUCAAGGUUGACCCCGCUAAAUCCGCCCUUCUCAUAAUUGACAUGCAAAACUUCUUUCUCUCGCAAGCUUUUGGCCGCAACCAACGGAGUGCUGGACAUGCUGCUUGCGAGCAACUUAUCAAACAUGCAAUACCGGCUGCAAGAAAGGCAGGCAUCCGGGUGGUUUGGGUGAACUGGGGCCUCACAGAAGAAGAAGUCAAAGAGAUGCCGCCGGCAGUCAAACGUGCUUUUGGCUUCUUUGCUAUUCCCGCGGAUUCAGAGUUCAGUGCAGAUGAUUCGUUUGGGUAUUAUGAGGGCAGUGUGAGUGUAGAUCGCCACGGAGACGAGAACAAGUCAAUGUACUGCGGCAUAGGCGCAGAUUGUGGGACACUUGAAGUUCCAGAGGGGUACUGCGUUUCUGGCGGCCGUCUACUCAUGCGCGAUACUUGGAACGCUGCACUCUACCCGCCUCUUGAGGCCAUGUACCUUAAGGGUACCAGGCUUGAUAUUAGGCCCGACGUUUGGAUUCACAAGAAUAGGAUGAGCGGCUUAUGGGGUGCCACAACCCCGCUGAAAGAGUUCCUCGACCAAGAGGGUAUCAGGACACUGUUUUUUACCGGGGUCAACACGGAUCAGUGUGUAGGCGGAACUUUGACAGAUGCUUUUAGCAAUGGGUAUGAUUGCGUUCUUUUGAGUGACGGCUGUGGGACUAGCUCGCCAGAGUAUGCACAGCAGUGUUGGGAGUACAACGCGAGUAAGACGUUUGGAUUCUGUGCGAGCUGUGAGCAGUUUGCAAAUGGCGUGAUGGGCUAA